AUGGCAACAGAUCCCACUCCGCCCGCUGCUGAGGUAGCCUCCAUCGCCACCCCGAUAAAUCUUGUCCUCGCAUCCCUCUUUGUCGUCCUCCUCUAUUUCCACUUUCGACCUCGAGAGCGCGUCGUCCUUCCGAAAGGACCGCCGCCUAUCGUCUUCCGCACCUUCACCCCAACAACUCUUCUCCCAUUCAACGGCAAAGAUGGUUCCCCAGUCUACCUAGCUGUCCGCGGACGAGUCUUUGACGUCUCUUCCGGACGCAAUUUCUACGGCCCGGGUGGCCCCUAUGAAAAUUUUGCGGGCAGAGAUGCGACUCGCGGGUUAGCCUGCCAGAGCUUUGACGAGGAAAUGCUCACAAAGGAUCUCAAAGGUCCUCUGGAUGAUCUGAGUGGGUUGGAUGCCGAUCAAAUGGAUAAUUUACGCGGCUGGGAGGAGCGCUUUCUGGAGAAGUACCUCGUUGUUGGCAAGUUGGUUGCGGAGGGCGAUCCCGAGGCGCCCAAGUCCGAUUGA